CCCAAGCAUACCAAGGUCGUGUUGAUUAGCACCCCCGAUUCUUCCAGUUCUUUCCGCCAUCUGCAAUGCUGACAACAACCUUCGCCCUCCUGACGGCCGCUCUCGGCGUCAGCGCCCAUUAUACCCUCCCCAGGGUCGGGACCGGUUCCGACUGGCAGCACGUGCGGCGGGCUGACAACUGGCAAAACAACGGCUUCGUCGGCGACGUCAACUCGGAGCAGAUCAGGUGCUUCCAGGCGACCCCUGCCGGCGCCCAAGACGUCUACACUGUUCAGGCGGGAUCGACCGUGACCUACCACGCCAACCCCAGUAUCUACCACCCCGGCCCCAUGCAGUUCUACCUGGCCCGCGUUCCGGACGGACAGGACGUCAAGUCGUGGACCGGCGAGGGUGCCGUGUGGUUCAAGGUGUACGAGGAGCAGCCUCAAUUUGGCGCCCAGCUGACCUGGCCUAGCAACGGCAAGAGCUCGUUCGAGGUUCCUAUCCCCAGCUGCAUUCGGGCGGGCAACUACCUCCUCCGCGCUGAGCACAUCGCCCUGCACGUUGCCCAAAGCCAGGGCGGCGCCCAGUUCUACAUCUCGUGCGCCCAGCUCCAGGUCACUGGUGGCGGCAGCACCGAGCCUUCUCAGAAGGUUUCCUUCCCGGGUGCCUACAAGUCCACCGACCCCGGCAUUCUUAUCAACAUCAACUACCCCGUCCCUACCUCGUACCAGAAUCCGGGUCCGGCUGUCUUCCGUUGCUAAGCGGGCACAACAAGGGAAUUGGAACGGGGCAAUGGGGGCGGGCUGGAGCCGCCUGCGUCCUUGUUUUCUUACCCUCGCCGUUCGUACGAAUCAGGGCCAAGCAAAACAUCAAGGAAGGGCGGGGGAGGGAAGAUUCCAACCUACCAACUUGGGAAGCCGGGGGAGAAUUCUUUGACGUGGUUGACCGGCUCAGAUCGAGGAGAGCAACCCAAUCUGUACAUAGACGCCUAUCCUUCACGAUGAACAUAGUGCCAAUGGAGCUCACGACAGUCACACC